AAGUCAAAACGGGCCGCCCGAAGAAAGGAAUACCCCAGAAGGCCGAGCGAGACGAUCGAUCUCUGCCCCGCGAGCCCCACCAACAUGGACACGGGCUGGCCCUACCGCCCCGGCGAGCCCUCCGGUGCCGCGUCUUCCUCGGCGGCGUCGGCCUCCUCGUGCGGCUCUGCCUCCCGGGCCACCCGCCUGCGCAGGGGCGUCCGGCUCCGGCUGUGGCGACGGCGGCACGAACCAACCCUUUCCGCUACGGCCGGAGGCGACAGCGGCGUCGGCGUCGGCGUGCAGGCCUACCUCGCGCUGCCCCUGGGGAUGUCGUUCGCGGCCGUCAUCGCGCAGGUUGUGAAUACAAAGAAUCGUUCCGGGGAAAGAUUACAACCUGCUCUCCUUUCCAAGAUCUGUACCUCAGCAGUAAAGGAAUCAUUGAGAAAUAUAUAUGGUGACAGGUUAGACAGUUUUAUGAGAAAUUUUGAGAAAUCAUUUAGCAGCACAUUGACUACGCUUCAUCUUGUUAAUGAGAUGCAUGUCUAUGGACAAAGUUGUAUUCCUCAAUGUUCUUCUAAGCAUGACGAUUCUGUAGCUGCAAGCAAUUUGGGCACUGGUGGUCCACAAAAACCGACACAGGAAAUCAAGAAAGGCCUUUUGAAUUCGGUGGAAAGUCAGCUUGUUCUGUAUGCUGGAGGCAAUCAGCAGUUGACUCAUCUUACUCGUAGCAUAUCUUCUCCUGAAGCUGAUCAGCACAUUCUUAAUGCAUUUGAGAGAUCAUUGAAAGAGCAAGCUCGGUCAAACGAGCUCAAGGAAUUUGAGAUAGGCCUUAACAUGAGAAAAUUGCAACUAAAACAAUCUCAACUAGCACUUAGCUCCUACUCGCAUAUGUUAGAGAAGAUUAAGUUAUCCUUGGGAUUUCAGAAAGCUUCCUUCCAAGGGGAGAAAUUCAAGACUCAGAUGCAGGACACAAGACAUGCACAAAUCCUGAGGACGCUUAUGGAUUUUCUUGUUAGUGCAGUGAUUAUUAUGUCGGCAUGCUUUGGGUAUGGAACUUAUAUUUAUUCACACCAAAGGAUAACUGAUGUUACAGCAGCAUGCUCUGUCGCCUCGAGGGGAUCUAAAUCAUGGUGGAUGCCAAAUUCAGUGUCAAACUUAAAUUCUGGGUUGCUCUUCAUAAGAUGUCACUUAAUAGCAGCAACACGUAUGUGUUUUGGCAUAGUAAUGAUUCUGGCAAUUGCUUGGUUAGCAUUCCAACGUUCUGCAAUGACUGGGUCAAAUAUGCCAGUAACUUUCAACUUCAUUUUGUUGGGAGUGAUUUGCGGCUUUGCCGGAAGGUUUUGUGCCAACACUCUGGGCGGCGAUGGGAACAUCUGGCUCAUAUGCUGGGAGGUACUUUGUUUCAUCCAUUUAAUUGGAAAUUGUUAUCCAUCUGUCUUGUACCUCAUUCUUCAUGGCCCUAUAUCGACAUCUCAUAGCAAGGAGGUUGUCCAGUUCCCAUACUGGGUUCGUCGGUGGACAUUUUAUGCUAUGCUGGGGUUUAUUAUCCCAGCUUUGACUGGCUUCCUGCCAUUCGCUUCUCUUUCUGACUGGAUUGAUCAUUUUGCUGAAGAACUAAAAUCCAUCUUUGUUGGUGAGAAAAUUGAGGCCUGAAAGAUCUUGGAUGCCAUGAUUAUGGUUGGCAUGAUGGUGCCCUUUUGCGUCAGCUGUGCAAGUUUUUUUUUGGAGAAGUAAAAUUAUUCUCUUUGAGAAUUAGAUUCAGAAGUUAAGUAAGGAAAAUUGAUUGAAGUUCUGCAGCAGCAAUGAGCAUAUUUAUCCAACUCAUCUUACUUCCAUCGUUUCUAAUAUAAUGGGGUAUCAUCCUCCCAUUGAAGUCAAAAUUUCAGUUGAUUCAGGCUUUUGAUCGUUGUGAUCUUGCAUGGAAGUUCACCAUAUAUGUUAGCUGCCAGUUGUAAGCUCUGCUGUUUAUUUUGAAAUCGUUCCUUCGCCUUUGUUGUAUCUUGGUAAUCUGUUUGUUCAUUGUAAACAUUAAGAGAUCCAGUUUAUCUGGGUAUUGCCCGCUUACUCUUCAAACUUUAAGAUCAUGUAUUGCUACUUAUAUUACUAAUUGUGAGUUCGUGUUCAUGUAUUGGUACUUACUAAUUUGUACAUGCACUUAAAUUCAAGCACAAGAAUUUGCAUAAUUGCGAGUUUUGCUGAA